CUCCCUCCCCCUCCACCACCUCCACCUCAGCCGCCGCCGCCGCCGGGCCCUGUGGCCGCGCCGCCCCGCCAUGUACCCGGCCUGGGGCUUGUACGGCGCGGCGGGGCCCUACCCGCCGCCGCCCACCUCCAUCCCCCCUCCGCCGCUCCCCAUGCCUCCCCCCAGCGUGCCGCCGCCCGCCGUGCCGCCGAUGCCGCUGCCCAGCUACCCGCCGCCGGGCCCCGCGCCCAGCACCGCCGCCGCUCCGCCGCCGCCUCCUCCUCCUCACCCUCCUCCUCCUCACCCUCCGCCGGGGGGGACCUCGGGGUUCCUGAGCCUGCAGGAGCAGCACCUGGCGCAGCUGCAGCAGCUGCAGCAGAUGCACCAGAAGCAGCUGCAGUCGGUGCUGCUGGGGCCGCCGCCGCCCCCGGGGCCGCCCCCCCCGGGGCUGCCGCCGCCGCCGCUGCCGGGCUCGUUCGGGGACUGGCAGCACCAGCAGCAGCACCAGCAGCAGCCGCCGCCCGUGGCCGUGCCGCCGGUACGCAGCUACCAGAAGCAAUUCGCCCACCGAGAGCCUCCGCCGACGGCCUCCGCCCCGCCGCCACCGAGCCGCAAGCCCCGCGACGGGCAGGAGCCGCCCGGCGGCCACGGGGAGUGGGGCGAGCCCCUGCCCUCCUCGCCGGUGCCCAUGGACAUGGAGCUGUCGUCGCCGCCGCAGUCGCCGCAGCCAAACGCCGGCCCCCAGCCCUACCUGCACCCCCCUCCCUCCGGGCAGCCCUACCUGCCGCCUCCCCAGCCGGAGCCCUACCUGCAGCCGCCCCCCGGGCAGUCCCCCCCGCUCCAGCCCUACCUGCCCCGGCCCCAAGCUUCGCAGCCUCCCCCUUCCUUCAGCGAGCCGCCCCCUUCCUACCUGGAGCCCCCACCAGCAUCCAACGCCGCCCAGCCCUACCUGCCCCCCCCCGGGCCGCCCUACCUGGCGCCCCCCCAGCCCUACCUGCUGCCCUCGCAGGCGUCCCCUUCCCAGGCAGCUCCUUCCCUAUCUGCCCCCAAGGCUGCCCCGCAGCACUUCACCCCCCCGCCGGCGCUGUCCCUGCCCGAGGGUCCCCAGGGGGGCGGCCAGGAGAGUGGGGCCCCCCCCGAGCAGCACGGCGCCCCGCAGCCAGACCCGGCCACCAUGACCCCGCAGGAACAGCAGCAAUACUGGUACCAGCAACACCUGCUUAGCCUGCAGCAAAGGGCAAAAGCCCAUGCUCAGGGACAGCAGCAAAUGAAAGGGCCAGGAGUAGGGAAGGAUACGUCUGAACAGAGAGUGAAGUCUGAAGAAGGGAAAAUGGGUGCUUCAACUCAGCAGUCUGAACCUCCUCCGCUGAAUGAAUCCCUGCCUCCAGCUUCCAAAGAAGACGACUCUUCUCUUACAGCCACUGAAACUCAGCUCAACAUUGAUCCUCCUGAUGACCCCGAGGAAGAUUUGAGAUUGCAACAGUUGCAAGCAGCAGCAGCUCAAUGGCAGCAGCAUCCCCAUCACCGAGUUGGAUUUCAGUACCAGAGGAUAAUGCAGAAGCAUGCCCAGCUGCAGCAGAUAGUACAGCAGUAUCAACAGAUCAUGCAACAGCCUCCACAUUUACAGACAAUGUCAGUGGAGAUGCAGCUGCGACAUUAUGAGACACAGCAAAAACAGUUCCAGCAGCUUCAUAAAGACUGGGAGCGGUCAAUGAACCAGCAGUGGCAGCAUCAGCUUCAAACCUACCCUCACAAAGACCAGCUGCAAGAGUAUGAGAAACAGUGGAAAGCGUGGGAUGAACAGAUGAAGGUCACUCAGUCCCAUUUGCAGGAGAAAGUGAGCUCGCUCCAAAAUUUGAAGAAUCAGUACCCUGCAAACGUUUCGCUUCCGCCUCCAUUUGUUCCAUAUUCUCAAACGGCUCCAGGUGGCAUUCCUGUUAUGCCUCCAACCUUACCUUCAGCUACACCUCCACUGGUCCCUCCACCUCUGUCUUCUGUAUCUCAGUUAUCUAAUUCCUCUGUCCCUUCAGGAUCUAGUUCUCAAAGCAAUCAGUCUACUGAAACACCAAGGCCAGCUCUGCUUCCCACCCCUGGUACCUAUGCAUCAAAAAUAGGUAGCUCACCUGUAUAUUCAACUUACCACUCUCAAGUAAGUUCAUCCUUCAGCUCUUCAGACCACGGGAAGUCUCAAGUUCACCAUAAUAAACAAAAUGUCUCUAUGUCAUCUGAGCAAGGAUGUGGGGAACUGAAAGCCCCUUCUGCACUGUCUUCAACACACACCCCUACCAUGCAGGAUAAACCAGUGAGAUCAGGUGGAUUGCUUCCAGAUCCUCCCAGAUCAGCACGUUUUGAAGGCCCCAGAGGUCCCAGGUUUGAUGGCCCUCGAGGAAGAGGAUACGACAAAUUUGAAGGCUCAAGACCAAGAGGGCCCCGUUUUGACUCCCAGCGCUCCGAGGGACACAGGUCGCGUUUUGACCGCCAGAACACUGAUGGACAGCACACGAGUCGAUGGGGAACUAUCCCCCGGGGACCAGCAGCACAAUUUUAUACUUCCCAAAACACAUCACAUGCACACGGUUCCCGACCGGGCGGCCCACGGUGGAGGGGGCCCAGGCCUCCUUUGGGACAGCAGCAGUCCCAAACAGACUCACGAGCAGAAAACAAAGAGCCUUUUACAGACAUGGGUGGCAAUCAGCAGGCUGGAAGUAGAACGCAGUCUACUGACGUGACGAGUACAGGCUCCGUGGAGCCGAGUGAGGACCUCGCAAGCACUCAACAGGAACCAUCCAAAGGUGAAGUCAAAGAAACUAUUUCAGAUCCUCCUAAGAAGUGGACGUGGAGUUCACACGAUCCUAACCAGCAAGUAGAAGACUCCAAAGCGACUACUCCGCCUGUUCAGAACCAAACUUCGACAUCCCUUUCUAGCAACUCUGGAGCUUUGCAGUCAGGCGUUGCAAGGCCAGGAGGGGCGGUGACCCCUGUAACGGGAAACCAGGAUUUGAGUUCCUCAGAGAGCCAGCUGCUUGGUUCGGACACCACGCAGGGCCUGUCCGGGCCAGAAGGCAGAGGAAAAGGGCCAUUUAUGCACGAAGACAGAGGCAAGGGACCAGGAAACAGAGGAAGGGGGCAAGGCAGGAUGGAUGAUGGCCGGGGCAGGGGGCAGGGGGAUGGCCGUGGCUGGGGAAUGGGCCGGGGCAGGGGCAUGGGCAGGAUGGACGGGCGAGGAAUGGGCAGGAUGGACGGCGGCCGGGGCAUGGGAAGGAUGGACGGCGGCUGGGGAAUGGGCAGGAUGGAUGACGGCCACGGCCGGGGAAUGGGCAGGAUGGACGAGGGCCGUGGCAGGGGAUACGUGUACAGGGGCAGAGGGCAGGCUCGGCAGGCAUCCAUCCGGGGCCGGGGGAUGUUCAGGAGAGCGGGCAGCAGGGAGAGGAUGGCAGACAGGCGGUCGGGCAGCAGGGAGAGGAUGCCGGACGGGCGGUCGGGCAGCAGGGAGAGGACGCUGGGUGGCCGGUCAGACAGCAGGGAGAGGGUGAUGUCCAGCAGAGACAGGGAGCUCGCAGGGCGGCCGGGCAGCAGGGACAGGGCACAGCGGGCGGGCAGCAGGGAGAGGGGACCUGUCAGGAGGGCAGGGAGCAGGGAGAGGGAGCCCAUGAGGCGAGCAGGGAGCAGAGAGAGGGAGCCCAUGAGGCGGGCAGGCAGCAGGGAGAGGGUCCCCAUGAGGCGGGCAGGCAGUAGGGAAAGGGGUCCUGUCAGGAGGGCAGGUAGCCGGGAGAGGGGUCCCGUCAGGAGGGCAGGUAGCCACGAGAGGGGACACGUCAGGAGGCCGGAUAGCCGGGAGAGGGAAGCGGGGAGGUCCGACACUGGCAGCAUGGAUAAACCAAUGCACCUAGGAGAUGAUCCCGACAAAUUGGCUCCGUACCAUCGAGACGAUGCGCUCAGGGGUUCUUGGAGUCAUGAGGAUGAGGGGAUGCAGGAGGAAUUUCCUUUAGAUAGUAGGGAUGACCUUCCUCUGGAGCACGAGCGGUUGGAUGACUGGGAAAGAGAACGAUACUGGGGAGACCACAACUCCGAUUAUCAGGAUGAUUCUGUGGAUCCGUAUGAUAGGGAUGAGAGGUUGCAGUCUCACCAUUCAUUGCCUCCGUUGUCUCCCCUGCCACCACUACCUCCUUUAUCAUCUGAUCACGACAGACGAGAUUCAUGGUGGGAUGACUGGAAGAGGCCGAGGGAGAGGGAACUAGAGAGAGAUCUAGAUAGGACGGGAAGAUCCACAGAUAUUUAUGAUCAAGAUGUGGACAGAGAAUGGGAUAACAGAGACUGGGACAUGAGACCCAUGGAUGACAGAGAAAUGGGCAAUCGUGACCUAGAUAUCCCUCCUCUCCCACCGUUACCACCUCUCCCACCUCUGGACAGAUACCGCGAAGAUAGGUGGAGGGACGACAGGAACAGAGAUCACUACGACAGAGACCUCCGAGACAGGGGGGAGCUGAGGAUUCGAGAGUACCCCGAGAGGUACGACACGUGGCGGGAGAAGCAGGACUACCUUCCUGAAAGGACUGACUGGGAGAGGGAACGGCUGACGGAUCGGUGGUAUCCAGAUGAUGGAGACAGGCUGCGACCUAUGGGUGACCAGCUGGAUUCAUCCCUUCUCCCACCUUCACAUUCCUCUGAUAUGCUGGGAGCAGAUUCAAACCUGGACUCGGAACAGUCCUUGGGGGGAGUGAUGGUCCUUAGCCAAAGACAGCAUGAGAUAAUUUUGAAAGCUGCCCAGGAGCUCAAAAUGCUUCGAGAGCAAAAAGAACAGAUGCAAAAGUUGAAAGAGUUUAAAUCCGACAUUUCCGCACAGGACUCUCCAAGACCACAGAACACCAGCACAAGGCCAGGAGGUGGCUUUCAGGUCUCUUCUCAGCUAUCUUCAGAGGCACCAGUAGAAGCCCAAGCUAUUAAACCUUCUCCUGCUGUUAUUAUAAAGCCUCCCGUGUUGUUCAGACAGCCCACCCCAGUGACAAGACCAACUGCCCCACUGGCAAGGCCUGCUACACCUAUGACAAGGCCACAUGCUCCAGUUCCUACUCCAACUACAGCCCCAAGUCAUGGUCAGUCUUUAAAACCAUCACCUUCUGCUGUGGAACAGGAACGCUGGGAUGAGGAUUCUUUCCACGGACUCUGGGACACAAACGAGGAUAAAGGAGCAAAUAUGGAGUACGAAUUAUGUAAACAGGAGUCAAUGAUGCCUCCACCAGUAUCCUCGCCAGUGAAAGUACCUGCUGCUCACACCUCUGUUCCGUCAGCUGUUCCAGUGUCACUUCCUCCAGUUAUUCCACCCGUUCCUAAAGCACCUAUAAUUCAGCAAACUGUGGAUUAUGGCCAUGGGCGAGAUAUAACCACCAGUAAAGUGGAACAGAUUCCAUAUGGGGAGAGGGUAACUCUGCGUCCAGAACCUUUGCCGGAGAGACAAACAUUUCAAAAAGAUCACCCUGGUCGUUACAACAGAGAAAGAGAUCGUGAACCCUAUUUUGAGCGUCAAGGUAAUUCAAAUACAGACCACCGGGAUUUCAAGAGAGAGCGGGAAUUGCACAGAGACCGUGGUUCUGUGGACUAUGAUCGAGAGAGAUUUGAAAAAGAGCGUCAUCCGCGAGAUGAUAGGGUUAUUCCUACUGCACCUUCAAGGACUCAGUCUUACCGUGACAAGAAAGAACAUCCCUCCUCCAGGCGGGGUGGUUUUGAAAGACCACCAUAUGAACGAAAGACAGAUCGUCCAGCGUAUGAUCAUGGGCCUUCCAUGUUUGGAGGUGAUCGUAGAAAUUACCCUGAGGAAAGGAUUCCAAUUUCUGCUCCAUCUAUGCCUCGUCAGCCACCACCUGCUCCACGAGUGGAAAGAAAGCCAGAAUCUAAAAAUGUAGAUGAUAUUUUGAAGCCACCAGGGCGGGAUAGCAGGCCAGAGAGAAUUGUAAUCAUAAUGAGAGGUUUGCCUGGCAGUGGGAAGACACAUGUAGCAAAACUCAUCAGGGAUAAGGAAGUAGAGUGUGGAGGACCUGCACCAAGAGUGCUCAGCCUGGAUGACUAUUUUAUCACUGAAGUAGAAAAGGAAGAGAGAGACCCAGAUACAGGGAAAAAAGUAAAAAAGAAGGUGAUGGAAUAUGAAUAUGAAGCUGAUAUGGAAGAGACCUAUCGCACCAGCAUGUUUAAAACUUUCAAAAAGACUUUGGAUGAUGGAUUCUUUCCCUUCAUUAUCCUUGAUGCUAUCAAUGAUAGAGUGCGACAUUUUGAGCAGUUUUGGAGUGCAGCAAAAACCAAGGGUUUUGAGGUGUACUUAGCUGAAAUGAGUGCAGAUAACCAGACGUGUUCCAAGAGGAAUAUUCAUGGACGCAAGCUAAAGGAAAUCAGCAGGAUGUCUGAUCACUGGGAGGCAGCGCCACGUCACAUGAUGCGCCUGGACAUUCGUUCCCUAUUGCAAGAUGCUGCUAUCGAAGAGGUGGAGAUGGAGGAUUUUGAUGCAAAUAUUGAAGACCAGAAAGAAGAAGCCAAGAAGGAUGCAGCAGAGGAAGAAGAGAGUGAACUGGGUUACAUUCCGAAAAGCAAAUGGGAGAUGGACACUUCUGAGGCAAAGCUAGACAAGCUGGAUGGUUUGCGGACUGGCACUAAAAGGAAACGUGACUGGGAAGCCAUUGCCAGCAGAAUGGAAGAUUAUCUACAGCUUCCAGAUGACUAUGAUACUCGUGCUUCUGAACCUGGAAAGAAAAGGGUGCGGUGGGCAGAUCUAGAAGAAAAAAAAGAUGCAGACAGGAAAAGGGCCAUUGGUUUUGUUGUUGGACAAACAGAUUGGGAGAAGAUAACAGAUGAAAGUGGUCAUCUUGCUGAGAGAGCCCUCAACCGUACCAAGUAUAUAUGAAAAAGUGGUUAAUGGGAAUUUUGUGCCUUUAAGGCCAUUUGCUCUGAGGAGAUGUGAACCAAGGUGUCAUGAGCAUCUUGCAUGGGUCAUGUCACUCCCACCUUCACAGUUUUUCUUUUGGUAUUUUAGUUUCAGCAAUUUUUUGAGAUAUUGGCAAAUAACCAGUGCCCUCAAAAAAAAAAAAAAUCCCGCUGCUCCUAAGUGAGAGAGACAGUUUACUUUUUAAUAUUUUUGAAGGGGGGGAGGGGGGAAAGGGGAGGGCCAGUAGUUUUAGCUGCUGUUUGUGGGAUAAAGUGGAAGGAUUAGACAGAUGUUACCUCCACUGUACUGUCACAGAAUGUUUAUCACCUUUGCUUUGUGGCCGUUCUCGUUUUAUACUGUAUGUACCUUGUAGCUUAUUGUACUAGGAAGCAGAACAAUAAAUUUCACUAUAAACUCUGUGUUCUUGGUGGACCAUA